GCCCAUCUCUGGGAGGAGCUGCUGCGCUGAUCGCCGCAUCCAGCAGAGCAGCGCUGGGAUAAUAACACAGGCAAAGGCAUCCGCCGCAGCCAUGGAGGAGAUCCCGUGCUGGGGAGCCCAGGCAGCGCUGCCACAAUAACACUACCCGAGCCCCCGUGUGCGCCGCGCAGCCUCCCAAUGCCAGCGCCGUGCCCCCGGGCGGCAUCUCACCUUCUCCGCAGCUCACCCUCUGCCGCCUGCGCCCGCACAGUGCGUCCGGAGUGACCCUGCCCGGCUGCUCUGUGGACGCAAGCCAUGUCUGGUAAACACCAGCACUUCAAGGGACCCGAAGUCAGCUGCUGCGUGAAGUAUUUCUUAUUUGGCUUCAACAUCGUGUUCUGGUUGCUCGGAGCUGCUUUCCUUGCUAUUGGCUUGUGGGCAUGGGCAGAGAAGGGUGUCCUCUCCAACAUCUCAUCCAUCACAGACCUGGGCGGCUUUGACCCCGUUUGGCUUUUCAUGAUUACCGGGGCUGUUAUGUUUGUACUGGGGUUCGCUGGCUGCAUUGGAGCUCUACGGGAAAACACCUCUCUUCUGAAAUUUUUCUCUGUCUUCCUGGGGCUUAUAUUUUUCCUGGAACUGACUGCGGGUAUCCUGGCCUUCGUAUUUAAAGACUGGAUCAAAGAUCAACUAAAUUUCUUUAUAAAUAACAAUGUGAAGGCGUAUCGAGAUGAUAUAGACCUGCAAAACCUCAUUGAUUUUGCUCAGGAAUAUUGGUCCUGUUGUGGGGCUCAUGGACCCAAUGACUGGAACCUCAACAUCUACUUCAAUUGCACAGACUCCAAUCCAAGCAGAGAACGCUGUGGGGUACCAUUUUCCUGCUGUGUGAAGGACCCUGCGGAAGAUGUUCCCAACACACAGUGCGGAUAUGAUGUGAGACUGAAGCUGGAGCUAGAGCAACAAAGUUAUAUUUACACCAAGGGGUGUGUGGGCCAGUUUGAGAAGUGGCUACAAGACAAUUUAAUAGUAGUGGCUGGAGUCUUCGUUGCAGUUGCAUUAUUACAGAUUUUUGGGAUCUGCUUGGCACAGAAUCUAGUUAGUGACAUAAAAGCUGUAAAAGCCAACUGGUGACACAUUGCCCUGUGUUGCCCCUCAACCGAGCCCCACUGGAGACUGGAGCCUGCCUCAUGGCACUGCACUGUAACAACCCAUGGACACUCACAGGAAUGCCCCCUCCUCUCCAUAGUAUUUUGCGAGGAGUUGGUGGGAUGAAGUGAUUGAACACAUUAUCCCUUCUGCUGUAUUAUGGUUGGUGGCAAAGGUGCCACACUUCCGGACUGAGCUUCCUUCCCUCCCUGGGCACGGAGGGGCUGGCAUUGGGAGCCAAGGUGUACAUAAGUGCAUGUAUGAUACAAAAGGGCAGUGUGACCGUGAUUUAUAUUUAUAAAUAUAGUAUAUCUAUAUAACAAAAUGAAAAGACUCAAAGCACCAUUUCAACGCAACAUCUUUUGAAGUCCUCAAAGUUGUGUCUGGAAGGGACCUUUACUGGCACAUACUGCUUCCAUGAUAGUGUGGGGUGCUAGCCAAAAAAACCUAUGUAUUGUCAGACACUGGAGCCAUUGCCGCUUUUAUGUUUUGUUUAUUCAUUCAGUGGCUGCCUAAUUUUAUUCAAAGAGUUUUUGGGGUUUAUUUUGUAUGUUAGUCUUGUUAGGAUAUCAGUGCAGGCCAUGCAAUAGCACAUCAGUAAAUCUUCUUGAAGCGAUCUGUAAGCAGUGUGGUGAGGAUGCUAUAGCUAGGAUUCCUCAGUCACUACCAUACUGAUGGUGAGUGCAUUCCUACCAAACAGGCAUUGCCAGAAGUAGGGAGCCUGUGACACAGCGUGGAGGGGGAGGGAAACAGCCUUAUAUUACUUUUUAUUUAUUUAAAGUUCUCUGUCCCCGUUAAUUUUGUUUUUCUUUUAAAUGUACUCUCCUGAAAAUCUUCUACAUCAUUUCCAUGGUAUGUGCUUAUGAAUGAUGGUUCGCGUCAGACUUAAACUUUAAGUAGAUUUGAGUGAAUCACAUGUUUUUAUUAAAUCUACCAGCAGCCCGCUGCAUUCCCAGUACAGGGGCUCAUUUUCCAGGAGGCGGGGUUUGUUUUUGUAGUUUGUACACAAGAACAGAACUGCUGGACUGUGGUAUGUUAAGUGACCUUGUUUUCUCCAUGCCAUUAUUAUGGUCUCUCUUUUUAAGUUGUGUGAGUAUUGUGACACAUUUUAGUUCAUUGUUGUCUAUGUCCUGUGUUAGGAGGCAAACAUGCAGCUAUCGGUAGAAUUACAACUGUGGACAUCCAAUGGUGUCUUGAAGAUGACUGGCGCUGUUAUUUAGCGCAGAUUACAGAGUUUCACGUUACCCACUUCUACAUGUAUUGUUUACCCUUUUAUGUGCUAUAGAUCCAUGAAAUGUCCUGCGGCAAUACAUUGGGAAGCAUGAAACUAUCAUUCACUUAUCUGUUGUCUGGUCAGAGGGAACAUUGCUCUCAAAGUUCUGUCCCAUUCUACUAUAUUGUGGUUAAAUCCACACUGGUUUAGUUAUUUCUGGCAUGUAUUCUAUAAAAGGGGAUGGAUGGAAAUGCUGCCUGAAUUUGUCUUUACGGUUGUUUUCCAUAACCCCUCUUAACAUUAGCGACCGCACUCAACACUUUUCUUCCCCCCCACUUCUGUCUCUCUCCUGUCUGUUAGGCUAACUUGGAAAAGUGUGAUUUAGUUAACCACUACAGUAAAACAUAAUCGAAUACUGAUUUUUGUAGUUAUUUUUAGGGCUUUAUUUUUGGUUUUUGUUGAUGCAGAAACAUGUUAGAAGGCGUAGAAAUGGACCAAAACUGAAAGUUUUUAAGUCUUAAGUCAAGACUUUGAUAGAAUUACUUUUUUGACAUAUUCUGUCAAAGAUAUUUUUUAAAAAGAUUUCCAUGUUCCGCUACUUUUGCAGACUAUCCCCCAUAAAUUGUUACAGCACUGCAGAAUUUCCUCUGCCAGGUUCUCUAAAUGCAACGGAAUGGUUUAAUCUGACUUGAACACAAUUUAUUCCACCAUAGAUAAUGGGUAUGCUCAGAGUGAUAAACUAAACCCCAAAGUAUGGUUUUUAUUUUAACACCAGAGCCACCCAGUAGGUCAUGUUUUCAGGAUUUCACAUUGACUUAAUGAAAUGGAUGCAUUCACCUGUGCAUUAAGGAAAUAUUUGAAAUAUAAUCUGUGGAUGCUAUUUAAGAACCUGGCUAGUGAAACCAUGUUCUUCUUUCAACACAACAUUGUAUAAUGGGCACAAAGCAGAAAAAAAAUUUCCUAGAAAUAUUAUACAUUCCAAACCUGGUUUAGGCAACGUGUGGUUUUCCGGAUGUAUUUUUCAACUGCAGCUUCAAGACUGCUGGGAAAUUUUAAUUAAUUGAACAGCUGGAAAGUCUCAUGUAGCCUAUCCCUGACGCACUUCUUGCCUACUAAAGACUUUGGGCACUGAUGUGUUAAUAGUACAGUAUGCUUUGACUUGGAGCGUUACUGACUUGGGGAAGUGUAUGCAGAGUCGCAAUGCUGUUUUGGUUGCCUGCUAGGUAAACUCUGAUCUCCCAAUCAGAACACUUCCUGUUUCGCACUGCCUGACUGGUCGUCAGGCUCUCUUCUCCUUCUUGAACGAUAACCUGGAGGGAUUCUGCAGGUUCCAUUUUAUAAUAUUAGUUAUUCUAAAAGUUAGGCCAGUGAAGGUUGCAUUUUGCUGAUCUCUUCUUCCCUAGGCACAUGUCUGGUAAAGUGCUGCUCUUUGGUUUUUAAUUGUGUCCCUUAAAAUUGUGAAUGUUUUCAGGAUAUGUAGAUGUCCAAAAGAUGGAGGUCUUUAAAUGACUUGACAAAAAGUCUCUUCUCUCUCCGUCCGCACUUAACACUGCUGUACAGAGUUCAGCGGGUAAUCAGGAAUUCACAGUGCAAUGUUACUGUACAAACUGUUUAUGAAAAAUAAAAAUCCUCAAAACUUU